AUGGCGCGGGCCGGCGCCCCCCGCUCCCCGGGCCCCGAGCCGCCGCGCCGCCGCGGCCGCCAGCGCUACGUGGAGAAGGACGGCAGGUGCAACGUGCAGCAGGGCAACGUGCGCGAGCCGGGCCGCUACCUGACCGACCUGUUCACCACGCUGGCCGACCUGCAGUGGCGCCUCAGCCUGCUCUUCUUCGUGCUCGCCUACGCGCUCACCUGGCUCUUCUUCGGCGCCAUCUGGUGGCUGGUGGCCUACGGCCGCGGCGACCUGGAGCACCUGGGCGACGCGGCGUGGACGCCGUGCGUCAACAACCUCAACGGCUUCGUGGCCGCCUUCCUGUUCUCCAUCGAGACGGAGACCACCAUCGGCUACGGGCACCGCGUCAUCACCGACCAGUGCCCCGAGGGCAUCGCGCUGCUGCUGCUGCAGGCCAUCCUGGGCUCCAUGGUGAACGCCUUCAUGGUGGGCUGCAUGUUCGUCAAGAUCUCGCAGCCCAACAAGCGCGCCGCCACGCUCGUCUUCUCGUCGCACGCCGUGGUGUCGCUGCGCGACGGGCGCCUGUGCCUCAUGUUCCGCGUGGGCGACCUGCGCUCGUCGCACAUCGUCGAGGCCUCCAUCCGCGCCAAGCUCAUCCGCUCGCGCCAGACGCUGGAGGGCGAGUUCAUCCCGCUGCACCAGACCGACCUGAGCGUGGGCUUCGACACGGGCGACGACCGCCUCUUCCUCGUGUCGCCGCUCGUCAUCAGCCACGAGAUCGACGCCGCCAGCCCCUUCUGGGAGGCGUCGCGCCGCGCCCUGGAGAGGGACGACUUCGAGAUCGUCGUCAUCCUCGAGGGCAUGGUGGAGGCCACCGGAAUGACGUGCCAAGCUCGGAGCUCCUACCUGGUGGACGAGGUGCUGUGGGGCCACCGGUUCACGUCGGUGCUCACGCUGGAGGACGGCUUCUACGAGGUGGACUAUGCCAGCUUCCACCAGACCUUCGAGGUGCCCACACCGUCGUGCAGCGCCCGGGAGCUGGCCGAGGCUGCCGCCCGCCUAGACGCCCAUCUUUACUGGUCCGUCCCCAGCCGGCUGGAUGAGAAGGUGGAGGAGGAGGGGGCCGGGGAGGGCGCGGGCGGAGGGGCUGGCGCGGACAAGGAGCAGAACGGCUGCCUGCCGCCCCCGGAGAGCGAGUCCAAGGUGUGACCAGUUUUCCUCCAGACCCCUGUGGCAGGGCCAGACACCGGUACCUGGGAGCUGGAUGGCGCGGGCGGAGGAGGAGGCAGGCAAGGCCCCCCCCCCGGGGACGCGCUGAGGCCGGAGAGCCCCCUCAGAAUGGCAAGCCCAGAAUCCAGCGGACGGCGCGGGGCCUGGUUUCGGGAGGACGGACG